CCACGUUUUUCCCGUGUGUCAGUUUGUUUUUGUUCCACCCUCUCUCUCUCGCUCUCUCUUUGGCCUGCAAGUCACCAAUCCAUCAACAACCUACCAACGAUUCAAUUACGUACGUAAUUACUGCUCGUUACCGCUUUGACAGAUUCCGUAUAUUCCGCCCACAAUGCCUGCUUCAUCCAGACCCCGCCGCGUUCCUACCCGCCGCCAGAAAAUAAUCGAAUCGUCGUCCUCCGAGGAAGAGGAAGAGGAGGAGGAGGAGGAGGAGGUGGCUCAGCCGAAGGACGAAGAUGACGAAGAGGACGACGACGAGGAGGAAGAGGAUGAGGAGGAAGAUGAGGACGAGGCAGAAUACACGCCAGUGGCAGCGACGCCGCGCCGAGCAUCACGAAGAGUAACAUCGCAGCCGCCGGCCUCCGCCGCCCCCGCGAGUAGGACGAGCCGCGGCGCCCGCGAACGCAUCCCACCGAGUAGAGUCACGGCGCGAGGCCGCGGAGGCCGUGCUACGCGUAGACAGCGGAUCUCCGAUUCAGCAGAGGAAGCGGCGGAGGAGCCGGCACCUGCUCCUGCACGGGCGGCGGCGCGUAGGCAGCGGGUCCCGGAUUCGUCUGAGGAAGAGGCGGAGGAGCCGGCACCACCUACUCCUGCACGCGCUACGCGUAGGAAGCGGGUCUCUGCCGCGCCGACGGAGCCUACAGAGUCUGCGCAACCGUCGUCCGAAGCUGGGAGCGAGAGAGAGGUCACUCCGGCGCCUGGACGCGAUGCUUCGGCGACACCGGCUCCUGCUGCGAGAGAGCCGUCGGCUACUCCUACUCCUGGAGAUCGGGACGCUACACCUACGCCGGAGACGCCGCGGGCGCAACGGACGUCGCUGCUGCCGCAGAGUACCCCACAGCUACUGAGAAGCUCGCAGCCACCGAGAACCCCACAGCAGCAGCGUGGAGGUACUCCGAGAGCGGGCCAAACCCCCAAUACAGCAGCAGCAGCAGCGGCGGUGGUAACUCCCUCAGCUACGCAUACCUUGCACUUCCAGGACUCCCCCGUCGCCGCGCAACUGUCCCCUGCACGGUCUCUACGGCUGGGCGCCCCCCCCGGCAGUCGGCCGCAAUCCUCACAUUCCACGCAAAACCCACAAGCCACGCAGAACAUCGAGCCGAUCGUCCUCAAGAACCGGGGGAACACGUUACUCUCUCAGCAGCCGGAGGACACGGGGCCGAAGAAGCGUCUCGUCAUCACACACCUGAUGAUGAACAACUUCAAGUCGUAUGCCGGCGAGCGGAUGGUGGGCCCAUUCCACCCGUCCUUCACGUCGGUUGUCGGGCCUAACGGUUCGGGGAAGUCGAAUGUCAUCGACUCCCUACUAUUCGUGUUUGGAUUCCGCGCCAGCAAGAUGCGACAGGGCAAGUUGUCGGCGCUGAUCCACAGUUCCGAGGCAUUCCCGAAUCUGGAGUUCUGCGAGGUCCAGGUGUUCUUCCAGGAGGUGCUGGAUCUGCCAGAUGGAAAGUACGAGGUCAUCGAGGACUCCCAAAUUGUCGUCUCGAGACGCGCGCUCAAGAAUAAUACAAACAAAUAUUAUAUCAACGGCAAGACCAGCGACUACACCACAGUGACGUCCCUGCUGCGCGGUCGCGGCGUCGAUCUGGACCACAAGCGGUUCUUGAUCCUGCAGGGUGAAGUCGAAUCGAUCGCACAGAUGAAGCCCAAGGCGACUAACGACAGCGAUGAGGGUUUGUUGGAGUAUCUCGAGGACAUCAUCGGAACGAGUAAAUACAAGCAGCCGAUCGAAGAGUCGAUAACCGAAGUGGAGGAGUUGAACGAUGUCUGUGUGGAGAAGAGCUCUCGCGUCAAGAUCGUCGAAACAGAAAGAAAUAGCUUGGAGCCGAAGAAGGAAGCUGCUCUGGAAUUCAUACGUAUGGAAAAUGAGCUUGCCAUAGAGCACGCUCAGCUUUUCCAGCUGUAUAUGCAGGAGUGCGAUAAAAAUAUCCGGGUCACGUCGGAAAUGAUUACGCAAUUUCAAGCGGAGUUGGAUACCGAGCAAGAGAAUCAUCGAGGCUCCGAGGAUCAGAUUAAAAAGCUGGACAGGGAAUAUAAGGCUGGUGUCAAGGAGAUUGAGGAAAUCGAGAAACAAACCCAGGCUAUCCUUCACGAGACAUCCAAAACCGACAAGGAGAAAGUCAAGUUCCAAGAGAAGGAAAAGUUCCUCGCCCAGAAAGAGAAAAAGCUGCAGAAGUCGAUUCAAACCAGCAGACUACAAGCUUCCGAGGCGACGUCUCUGAUCGAGCGGUCCCUAUCGGAUAUCGAGCAAUUCGGCGUGGAGGCGGCAGAGAUCAGAGAGAAUCUCAAGGGCGAAGAGGCGGAGCUCGCAAAGAUUCGAGACGCGUUGAAGGAGAAGACGCAAGGCUUUUCCGACGAGAUUGCCGCGAAACAGAAGUCCUUGGAGCCCUGGAACGAGAAGAUCAACAAAAAGCGGUCGGAAAUCGCCAUUGCUCAAAGCGAACUGGAAAUUCUGUACGGCAGGGCAAAUGAGAAAAAGGUUGAGCUCGAAGAAGCCCAGGCCCGGAUUGGAACGAUUGAGGAAGCCAGACAAACCAAAGAGGCCGAGCUCAAGGAGUGUCAAAAGGAAAAGGCCGCUCUGGCAAAGGAGGCCCUGAAGGUGCAAGCCGAAAUCGAGAAAAUGGCACGCAAGGAACCGCAGUUGAAAGCCAAUCUCUCCGCCGUCAGAGUCAAGGCGGAUGAAGCGAGAUCAUCCAUGUCUUCCGCUCAGUCGCAAAGUAAAGUUCUGACCGGGCUCAUGCGGUUAAGUGAGUCUGGAAGGAUCGACGGUUUUCACGGUCGUCUCGGGAAUCUGGGAACAAUCGACCCCAAGUACGACAUCGCGGUGUCCACGGCUUGCCCUAGUUUGGAGCACUUAGUUGUUGACACAGUGGAAAUCGGCCAGGCGUGUAUUGAUUACCUGCGCAAAAACGAUCUGGGACGUGCGAACUUCAUCUGCUUGGACAAACUACCUCAGCGAGACAUGUCCAAGAUCCAAACCCCGGAAGGUGUACCUCGAUUGUUUGAUCUGCUCCAGCCGAGGAACCCCGGAUUUGCGCCCGCAUUCUACUCGGUCCUUCAGGACACAUUGGUUGCCGACGACCUGCAGCAGGCCAACCGUGUCGCAUUCGGCGCCAAGCGCCACAGGGUAGUAACUUUGAGCGGCGAGCUCUUCGAGAAAGCGGGUACCAUGAGCGGAGGUGGUAAAACCGUUUCGAAGGGACGCAUGUCGAACAAACUCUCGUCGCACAUGUCGAAGGAGGCGAUGCAGAAGCUGGAGCAGGAUCGCGAUGUCCAAGAAAACGAAUACGCGUUGUUCCAGGAGGAGCUGAGAGCUCUCCAAUCGAAGCUGCGCGAAAUCACGGAGCGGGUCCCGGAACUGGAUGUCACCAUGUCCAAAAUACAACUUGAGAUCUCGUCUUCGGCGAAACAUAUGGCCGAUGCCGAACAGAGGAUUAAAAAUAUAACCCAGCAGAAAAGCACGUCGUCGACCGACAAGAGUCUUAUCGCCGGGUUGGAGAAGAAGAUCAAGGGCUUUGAAAGUGAAAUCGAACAGCUCCAGGAGGAAACCGCUGAGGUCGAGGGCGAGAUCCAGGUCCUCCAACACAAGAUUAUGGAGGUCGGUGGUAUCCAGUUGCGGAGCCAGAAGGCCAAGGUCGAUGGCCUCCGGGAACAGCUCGAAACCCUCAACGAGCAGAUCUCACAAGCGGAACUGGCGAAAAGCAAGUCGGAGAAGACCAAGAAGAAGGCCGAGAAGAUUGUUACUAAGGGUGAUGAGGAACUGGAAGCUAUCGUCUUGGAGCUUGAGGAGUUGAAGGAGGAUAUGAAGGAGCUUGAGAAGUCAGCGCGAGAGUCUAACGAGAAGGCUACUGAGGCGCAGGGUUUCCUCGAAAACAAGAAGGAUGAGCUCGCCGCGAUGAAGGAGGUCUACGAUGAGAAAAUGGCGGGUCUCAACAAGACCAGGGCUGCCGAAAUCGAAAUGAAGAACAAACUCGAAGAGCACCAGAAAGUGCUGAGUGACCACCAGAGGCGAUCUUCCCACUGGCAGGAAAAGCUCAGCAAGCUUAGGCUUCAUCAGACAAGGGACUUGACCGGUGGAAGUGAUGGGACAGGCGACGACGAACCGGAAACACUCCCAGUCCUCACCGAGGACGAGUUGGAAGACCUGGAUAAGGACAAGAUGAAAAUCAAGAUCGCUGUGCUCGAGGAGAAGCUCAAAGACGUCAACAUUGAUCUUGCGGUGCUUAGCGAAUACCGCCGUCGCGUGGAAGAAUACACAGUUCGCAACGUCGAUCUCCAGGCGGCGAUCAACAACCGCGAUGGCGUCAAGCGUCGCCUCGACGACUUGCGCAAGCGACGGCUCGAAGAGUUCAUGGAGGGAUUUAAUAUGAUCUCCAUCCGACUCAAAGAGAUGUACAAGAUGAUUACGAUGGGAGGCAACGCCGAGCUCGAGCUCGUCGACUCGCUGGACCCGUUCUCGGAGGGCAUCCUCUUUUCCGUCAUGCCGCCCAAGAAGAGCUGGAAGAACAUCUCGAAUCUCUCGGGUGGUGAGAAGACGCUUUCUUCGCUCGCGCUCGUCUUUGCCCUGCACCACUACAAGCCCACGCCACUGUACGUCAUGGACGAGAUCGAUGCGGCCCUCGACUUCAGGAACGUCAGUAUCGUCGCUAGCUACAUCAAGGAGAGGACGAAGAACGCGCAGUUCAUCGUCAUCUCGCUCAGGAAUAACAUGUUCGAGCUGGCGGCUCGUUUAGUGGGUGUCUACAAGGUCAAUCACAUGACCAAGAGCGUUACCAUCGAGAACAAGCCUUAUAUACAAGGAAGCGCUUAAUGAUGGAUGGAUGGAUGGAUGUCUUCUUUUUUUUGGGUUUUUUUUUGGUUUUAUUAUUACAAGCGAAAUGUCUGUUCGGGGUGAUUUUUUCUUUCUUUCUUUCUUUCUGAAUGUUAAGUUUGGCCCGGAUAUAGGUUAUGUACGUUCUGCUCGGUCGAGCAGCUCUUCAUGAUGCUACUAUGAAGUGCUAUGGUUCAUGAAAUACCAUUUACGUUCUGCUCUGCUCGAGCGGGUUUUGAUGCUCUGUCAUGGUUCAUGAUUGCUUUGUGGUGG